AUGUCAAGACAACAGCUAGGAAAUCUCACAUUUAUACAAACCUAUUAUCAAGGUUCACGGUUAGAAAAGCAUUUCAGUAAGAACUAUGGUCUUUAUUGUAUAAUUCUUGGUGAACUAUGUGCAUCAUGGAUGUUAGUUGCUACAAAAUUAUUAGAACAAGAUACAGAUUUCAAAGAGCCAAUAAGUCCAACUCAAAUUUUAUUUGUUAGAAUGUUGGGGACUUAUAUCGGAUGUUUAAUCUAUAUGUAUUUCAAACAUGUUGAAGAUUCACCAUGGGGUCCUCCAGGUAGGAUUAGACUGAUUUUGGUUGCAAGAGGUAUAUCUGGAAAUUUUAGUAUUUUAGGAAUAUAUAUUCCUUUGGUCUAUCUUGCCGUUUCUGAUGUUAUAAGUCUAAGUUUUUUAGGACCAAUAUGUACCUCAAUAAUGGCUUAUAUCGUUUUAAAGGAAAGGUUCUCCAAGUUUGAAGGUAUUGGUGGGCUUGUAUCAUUGAUAGGUGUUGUGCUAAUUGCAAAACCUACAUUCAUUUUUGGAGAAAGUCAGACAGAUAAUAAUGUUGAAACUAGUGAUCCAAAUGAUCGACUAUUUGCAGUCAUGUUUUCACUACUUGGUGUGAUUUGCUUUGCUAUUAGUUUUACAAUUAUUAGAUUCAUUGGUGAUCGAGUUAAUCCGGUAAUAACAAUUUCUUAUUAUGCAUUGGUAACUGUGGUUUUAACUUUUUUAACAAUAUUGAUAUCACCAUCAUUAAGCUUCCAGUGGCCUCAUACGUUCAACCAAUGGUCAUUGUUAUUAUUGAUUGCAGUGACUGGAUUUAUUAUGCAAUAUCUCUUCACAACUGGACUUCAACUUGAAACAGCUUCAAGAGCUGCAUCAAUGUCAUAUAUUCAAAUUGUUUUUGGGAUCAUUUGGGAAGUUUUGAUUUGGAAUCAUUUACCUAAUUCUUGGAGUUGGUUAGGUAUUUCCAUAAUUCUUGGUUGUUCAAUUUCAAUUUUUUGGUAUAAGAAUCACAUUGAUGAUGAAUUUCAUAAGAUACCAGAUGAAGAAGAACAUGUCACUGAGAUCCAAGUCCCGGAUCAAGAAGAAAAUGUUACUCGAAUUCAAAAUAUCCCAUUACAUGAACUUGACCCAAAGUAG